AUGACAAUACCGACCCCAUCACCAGUCUUUCCAACCUCGACACUAAAAUCCCACUCUCCGACCCUCACAAAAUUGCUCAAGGACCGUCCAGCUCCCAUACGAGAGACCGCUCUGCUCGCUGCUGCUUCAUCUGUUACGAGACCAGUCAAACCGCCUGCGGGAGAUUGUUGUGGCAGCAGCUGUGACCCUUGCGUUAUGGACUUGUAUGCGCAGGAGUUGAAGAUUUGGAAAGAGUGUGUGGGGUUGAGGGAUCAGGGUGUAGAGGACGAGGGUGGGAGUGCGGAGGCAGGAACGCUGGACGCGUGUAGCGUCCCGGGGUCUUUCGAGUGGUGA